AUGAUUGAAACGGCAGCGCUGGAUUUUUUGGUGCCUUCAUGGUGGGAGAUCAAGGUGACGGUUGUAGCUGCGAUGUUUGUGAUCGUGGCGUAUUGGUUUUUCUCGUGGAGUGGAGGAGGUGGCGGAGAUGUUGAUGGUGGUGGUGGUGAUCGAGCGGUGGUUUUGGAGAAUUCUGGAGAUGGCAUUGAUGAUAAAUAUAAGAUGGGACAGUUGAAAGGAGAUUCUCAGGCCAACUCUGCAUAUAUAAUCAAGUUGGAAUUGUUGGCAGCUAAGAAUCUCAUUGGUGCAAAUUUAAAUGGCACUUCAGACCCUUAUGCAAUCAUCACUUGUGGUUCUGAAAAACGAUUCAGCUCAAUGGUCCCUGGUUCAAGAAAUCCAAUGUGGGGAGAAGAGUUCAAUUUUUCUGUUGAUGAGCUCCCUGUCCAGAUUAACGUGACAAUAUAUGACUGGGAUAUAAUUUGGAAAAGUGCUGUUCUUGGUUCUGUAACUGUUCCAGUCGAAAGUGAAGGUCAAACUGGUGCAGAAUGGUAUACAUUAGAUAGUCCAUCCGGGCAGGUGCCUGCAAAUUCCGCCAGAGUUUCUACUGAUAGGGCUAUAAAUGGAUAUGCUGGAGCUAAUGCUCGGAGGAGGAUUUCAAUAGAUAAACAAGGGCCUACGGUGGUUCAUCAAAAGCCCGGGCCUUUGCAAACAAUAUUUAAUCUCCUUCCAGAUGAGGUUGUUGAGCAUAGUUAUUCAUGUGCACUUGAAAGGUCAUUCUUGUAUCAUGGCCGCAUGUAUGUCUCUGCAUGGCACAUAUGUUUCCAUUCUAACGUGUUUUCUAAGCAAAUGAAGGUGGUCAUACCAUUUGGAGAUAUAGAUGAGAUUCGUAGGAGUCAGCAUGCAUUUAUUAAUCCUGCUAUAACAAUUAUUCUUCGAAUGGGUGCUGGUGGGCAUGGUGUUCCUCCUCUAGGAAGUCCUGAUGGUAGAGUCAGGUAUAAAUUUGCAUCCUUUUGGAACAGGAAUCAUGCAUUAAGAGGACUGCAGCGUGCAGAAAAGAACUACCACACCAUGAUGGAAGCUGAGAAAAAGGAGAGGGCAGAAUCAGCACUGCGUGCACAUAGUAGCUCCAUCAGGGGUGUUAUAAAGCAAGCCAAGAUUCCUGAAGAUGUGCAGAAAGCUGGAAAGCUUCAAGCUUUCAUCAAAGGAGAGGUUCUUGUUGAUAUAUACAAUGAUUUAUUUCCAUGCACUGCCGAGCAGUUUUUUAAUAUAUGUUUGAAGGACGGCUCAACUUUUAUAAAUGAGUAUCGUUCAGUUAGAAAGGAUUCAAAUCUUGUUAUUGGACAGUGGCAUGCAGCAGAUGAAUAUGAUGGUCAAGUGAGAGAGAUUACGUUCAGAUCUUUAUGCAAUAGUCCCAUGUGCCCUCCAGACACAGCUGUGACUGAAUGGCAGCAUUUUGUUCUGUCACCAGAUAAGAAAAAGCUUGUGCGACCUCUUAUCUCACCCUCCUGCAAAUUUCUUCUUAAUGCUAGUAGCAAUCCUGUGUUUGAAACCGUUCAACAGCCGCAUGAUGUUCCCUUUGGAUCUUACUUUGAGGUGCUGGAUUUUGUGCCUGUUGAGAUUGAGAAUGUGUUCAUUUUAGGAGCUUGUGUGUUUCACACUUUAUCUCUUAGCAUAACAAGAUUCACUGUCGCUGGAUCUUGGAGACCAAUGGACCGACUCACCCUGUCCUGUGCACAUUUCAAGAAAUGGUGUGUGAUGCAAUCUAAAAUUAGGUCAGGGGCCAUCAAUGAGGGAAGAGGAUGGUCAGGGGCAAAUGCAGUUGUGAAAUCCAAUGAAAAAUUGAGCUCAAGAGAAUGUGAGGAUCUAGGAUUUUCAGGACUUGCACUUUGCUCUGAUUGCAAUACUUUUGCUGAGUAUGUUAAAAACCAAGAGUUGGUGUCUGACUGUUGGAAGUGUUGCACAGAGGAUUCUGAUGAUUCCAUGAGCAAGAUUACGUACUCUGGUGCAAUACUAGAGGUUUGCAUGAGGAAAUUGGUUUUCUAUCCUGAAAUUGUUAGUUUCAUUGAAGAAGAGAAGGAUCAAUUUCCUACUGUUAAAGUCCAGUAUCUUUUCAAUUCUCCACCAAAGUUUAUCAUGCUAGAUGAUGAGGGUCAGCAUAAGGAAACCAUUAGAAUUGACAACUGGAAACGGGAACAUGUGCUGCAGUUCUUGAGGGAGAAGGUUAAGCCUGUUUCAGCAUCCUAA